AUGGCAUAGUAGCUCUGCAUCGUCCUUCGCGACCUCAUUCACAACUCCUCACAAAGCCCGCCCACCCUGACCCAAGCUGACGUCCCUCCCCACUCACACCUGAUGCCCGUUCCUGACCGCACCGUCGGUCUGCCCAUCCACCUCCUGUACCCCAUCAUAUCCUCUGUCCUGCUCGCUGUCGCCUCGUUCUCCAGCGCCGACAGCGUGUGGUAUGUCAGUGCCAACACGCCGACGGAAACGAUCCGCUUCGCAGCUCAGAAUUACUGCGGAUACAACGUGUCCAAUCUGCAGAUCACUGACAAGCUCGGAUGCAUCUAUCGUGGGUGGCAAUACCAGAUACCUGAUGGGUACUUUGGAUUUGAUCUGCCUACCGACAUUUCGAAAAACUUUUCCAAGGUUGUCGUGACGAGCGUGGUCGCGUUUGCGCUCGUCGUGGUCGCUGGCGUUCACCACGCCUACUUUAUUCGAUAUAGCUUCAGGAAGAUGCCAGAGCCAAACAAGGACAAGUUGUGGUCGCUGGCUCAACUCCACUUUGUCUCCAUCGUCGUCGUGUUCUUAUUCACUUGGAUCGCGUUCAUCGCUCAAGCUACAAUUAUUGGCAAUUCCGUCGGUGGCGAUCCUCAGCGGAGUGCGGUGGCCAUAUACUGGGGUCAAAGUACGUGGUUGGUGCUGGCAGCGGCGAUACUGCACACGGGUUGGGGGUAUGAGGCGGUGAGGUGGAGAGCGGCGAUGUUGAAGUGAGUGCAAGGCGUCACAAGGCGGUCAGGCUUUGUGACGGCUUCGUACACUUUGAGGUGGUAGCUUCUUGGUCGUGGCAGUUGUAUCCUGCGUCAUUGUCCACCUCGACGCCAGCUAUCCACAAUGUAAUGAUGUCUUAUUGCCACUGGAAUCCAAGAUGCCUCCAGACUUUCAGGCACGGUGCUACGUUCGAGGGUGCUGCGAAAAGUUUUCAUCAGAAGAAGCGUCGACAUCGUUCGCAUCACGUCACGACGAGGGGGACGCUAGCACACUCGAGCUGC